UCAAGUGGAGCAGGGGCCGCGGGGCGGCGGGCCUGAGCGUCCAGCGGGCAUGCGGCGACCCAACAGUGCAGGACUGCGGUUUUCGCGGCGAAGAGAGGUGCACCCGGAAAAAGGCCGCCAUGAGCCCAUGACGCUGGCCGCGGCGAUCAUCGCUGCCAGCAGUGCAGCGCAAUCCGCACGGGCUGCAGCAACUCUGGCAGGAUGCGCGGCUACGGAUCAGCUCCAGCGUGGCCCGACCAGCGGAAAUGUGCUGCUGCACCGGGCCGCACCGACCAUCAGGCCCAAAACUGGGAACCGACGCGCCAGUGCACCAGCGGUGGCAGCCAAAGUCGAGGGACAGCCUUCGGAGCUUCCGGUGGUGCGCAGCCCACCCAGUGCUUCCAGUGCUUCCAGAGGUCGCCCGGGCUUGGAUGCCUUGGCGGUGGCUGCCAAGGCCUGGGAGAACGCCAAAACCAUGGACUCCUGGGCACCUGUUGACUUCUUUGACGUUGUGGAUGGUGCCAGCUGGGGUUUGCCGAGGCCGAGCUUAAAGAGCGAUGCGGCGGAUGGAAGCAGAAACUCCAGGGAUUCCGGGGACGCGCGAGGUGACGAAGGCCUCCCAGCGUGUCCGCUGGCCGCGCUGGCGGAGAAGGAGGUCCCAUCUCCACUGCGGAACGAAGCUCUGGUGUCCAGGGAAAGGUGCGCCACACCAAAGGUCAGUGUGGCCGACAAACCAGCUGCUCCGAACCUGGCAGUUUCGUCUCCGGCUCCCGUGCUGCCGGGUGCUUCUGUUCCAUUGCCUGCAGGCACCCCAGCGACCGGAGUGAGGCCAGCAAGCGCUUCGACUGUCCGGCGAGGGUUUGGCAGUUUCUUCCGCCGGCUAGGUGGCCCAGCUUUUCUUUGUGUGAUCCCGGAGGAUUUGCUGGUGCAGGCUUUGUGUGGCAAUUUGGUCUCCGAAAGCCUGGCAUCACUGGGACAGUCCUCACGAAAGAUGAAGGCCGUGGCCAAAGUCGUAGCUUUGCAGCGUUUACUGGAGCUUCAUGCCACGGAGUUGCAAGAGGACAAUGCCGCCACGCAGCUGCGGGGACCAAAAUGCCCCUUGCACCGCUUGUUCCUCCGAGAACGGACAGAGAGCUUGCUGCUGUCGACUAUGGCAGUGCUGUGGCAGCCUUUGAUCUUGGCGUCAGGCAAACAGCAACGGCGUCUUCAGUUGUCAGGCACGGAGCAGCUGACUCAGCUGUUCGAGAGCAACAGCAGGAGCUCAGAGCCUUUGCUGCUGAGCCCUGAGAGUCUAGCAGUGAGAAUCGCGGCUGUGUGCUGUGGCAAGGACCACUUGUUGCUGUUAGAUGCUUUCGGCCAUGCCUGGGCCAUGGGUGACCCCUCAGCCGCGGGAGUUGCCACCUACUCUGACGAGGAGUCUCGGAGUCCCAGAUUGCUUCCGAAGCCCCCACUGACGCGGCCCACGCCCUUGCACGUGAUGUGGGGAGCUGGAGCGGUUCAGGUCUCCUGUGGCAAUGGGCACAACAUCGCCAUGAGCCGCGAGGGUGACAUCUAUGUUUGGGGUCGAGCACUUGACCAGGAUACUUCCCAGACCUUGUACCGGCGACCCUGCAAGGUCACCUUCGCGGUGUUGGCCUGCGAUGUGGCAGCGGGGGAUAGCCACGUGGCGGCCGUCUGCUGGACUGGUGCAGUGUACCUUUGGGGUGAGAAUCACCAUGGCCAGUGCGCCCGUGAUCCCCAAGGUGGUGGCACCUCGGCCCAGGAGCACCUGGUGCGGGCUCCAGCGCGUGCUCUUGGCGAACUUCAAGCAGUUCAGGGUUGGCGAGUAGCAUGUGGCAGGUAUCACACUGCCGUGCUCAGCAGCAGUGGUCAUGGCUUCACCUUUGGGGAUGGCCUCUCCGGGCAGUUGGGACGGCGACCGGAAGCCCGGGAAGGCUGGCGGCCGACUCAAGUGAUCUUCCCCAACGACUUGCCAAGCAGUUUGUUGGUUCAGGUGGCUUGCGGGGACGACCAUACGGUAUGUCUCACCGAGUUGGGACAGAUCUUGGCCUUCGGAGGAGGUGAGCAAGGGCAACUUUGCUUGGGAGGCUGUCGCAGUCACCGCAGCCCAGUGCUGGUGCGGCAGAUCACUGCUGUGCGGGAGGUGGUUGCUGGUGGGCAUUGGACACUGCUGCGAUGUGGUGAUGGCAAGGCUGGAGAGUCGGUGUCGCAAGACAUUCCCAUGCUGCGCAUCCUGUUGGCCUGUGCUGUGAUCCUUCUGGAAGCCGCGGUUGCCAGGAUGUUGGAGUUGGGAAAUGCUGACCAACUCUUGAUCUCAGGAGUUAGAUGCUUUGUGCAGCUCUCAUGUUUGGGCUUCAUUUUGGCACCCAUCUUUGCGACCAACAGCCCCACUUUGGUCAUGGCCUACGUCUUUGGCUUUAUGGUCCUGGUUUCUGCAUACGAAGCAGCAGCACGACCUAAGGUGACCUAUCCUGGCAUGUUCUCCAAGGCGAUCAUCAGCAUCGGCAUUUUCAUUGCUUGUGAGCGGUCUGCUCUUGCUGUACAUCGUUCAACCAGAUCCAUGGUAUGA